GGGCAGCCCACGCACCCUCCAGCUCACGCUGGCUCUGAUGAAGCCUGAUGCCGUGGCCCACCCCCUGAUCCUGGAGAGUGUGUUGCGGCCUCCAGAUACCCCCUUGUAUCCCCCUUGGAACCGGCCUGGAGGAGGUGUGGCCCUCUUCCCUCCCCCUAACUCGGCCCCGGCCACCGGGGUGACGGUGGGCCCGGACCCGUGCAGGCCGUCCGCGACCAGAUCCUGAAGCACGGCUUCCUCAUCGUGCGGGCCAGGGAGCUGCUGUGGGCCAGGGAAGACUGCCGGGCCUUCUACCGGGAGCAUGCAGGGCGUUUCUUCUACCAGCGGCUGGUGGAGUUCAUGUCCAGCGGGCCGAUGCGGGCCUGCAUCCUGGCCCGCGUGGAUGCCGUCCGGCAAUGGAGAGCGCUCCUGGGCCCCACCAAGGUGUUUCGAGCCAGACACGAGGCCCCGGACUCGAUCCGCGGAAGCUACGGCCUCACCGACACCCGCAACACCGUCCACGGCUCCGAGAGAUGGCUGCCUUCUUUCCGGACUUCAGCCCCCAGCGCUGGUACCGCGAGGAGGAGCCGCACCUGCGCCGGGGCCCCACGCGCUACGACGAGCAGGAGGGCAUCCACCGCCUGGAUCCGGGCGGGCCCGGCGCCGGGCCAGCGUGACCCAGGAGGCCUCGGCCCGGCCUCAGCCCCGCCCUAGCCCCGGUGGUUGGCAGGAGGGCCGGGGCCCCACGCGCCCCGGCGAGCAGGAGGGCACCUGCUGCCGGGACCCAGCAGGCCUGACCCCGGCCCGGCCUGGCCGAGGGGGCCUCAGGCUGACCCUGGCCCCGGUGCUCGUCAGGGGAGCCGGGGCCCCACGAGCUGUGAUGAACAGAAGGGCGUCUUCUCCCUGGACCUGGGCAGGCCCAGCUCCGGCCCAGCCUGACCAAGGAGGCCGCGCAGCCCCCACGGCUCAGCUCCGGCCCCGGUAGUCGACGGGGGGACUGGACCCGGUCCUGCCACGGAGUCCAGCCCAGGGCCUUGUCACUUGGACGCGCUGGCAGCCGCGGCUCUCCCAGCUCCCCGGGCCCCGGGGUUUUAUGCCCCGCUGUUUGCGGUGGCCCUCGUUCACCCCCGUGUCCUCUGCAGGUGGCACCGGUGGCCUGUUCCCUCCCCAGGCUGAGCUAGUCUGGCUCCCAAGGCUGCCCUAGUCUGACUUGAGAUCAGUGACCCCAUCCCCGCGAACACUCAGCGGGGUAGUGUGCCGGCCUCAUCCAGGCUGUGGGUGGGGAAGGGUCCAACCUGGCCUUCAGACCCCCUGCCCCUGGCUGUGGGAGGGCAAGGGUCCGACCUGGCUCCCCGGGCUGCCGACGACUCCUCCGCUUAAUAAAGCCUUGGUUUUUGAGUG